CCCCCCAUCUUUUCCUUUCUGGCACAUCUACGUGUCUGUAUCAUCAUGCAUAUAGUCUCCACACUAUCGGUGUCACGCCAAUUCGAAUUCCGGGCAAGCGGUACGCGAUAUCUGGCUACUCUUGCAGAUCUGCCUACACCACUGCACGGUCUCGAGCAACACGCUCAAGUGUCUCUUGUGACGGUCAUUGCAACUUCACAUACGCGCGACCUCGAAGAUGAUGCGUGGUUGGACAAACAACUUGACCUUUUUCGCAGUUUGAAAGACGACGUGUGGAAUCCCGAUUUCCUGCAAGGUUUACUUAUCACCACGACAGACCAAUCCUUCUCAACUCCAUCUCCAGGGUUGCUAGCCAAAAUCAGAAGCCUAUCUUCUUGGCAUGUUGUCGUCCCAACGCUUACAAUUCCAACCGGCCCUUACGCUCUCUCACCCAUCGGACUCUGUCACGUUUGCCGACUAUACGAUGAUGUGCAGAAUUCGUUCAUGGUUCCCACAAAGCCAGCAUGGAAGAACAGUCGGUCUUUUGAGCCAUUACAAGUUGCUGGAAGCUACCCACAAUCUCUCAGUGUAGCUGUCCCUUCCAGGCUUUCAGGACAACCUACCAAACAUUCACCACUGAAAGGCAAGCGUAUGGCUGUAAAGGAAUUGUUUGCUAUCAGUGGUCUUCGCAUGGCCCUCUCGAAUCGAGCGUUCUACGCCGUCUCCACGCCAGCAGAGAACACUGCAGCCGCAAUCCAAUCAUUGCUCGAUGCCGGGGCCACCAUGGUCGGAAGUACAAAGUGUAGUUCCAUGAUAUCUAGGGAGGAUCCAAUUGAGGCAGUCGAUUUCCAAGCCCCUUGGAAUCCUCGCGGAGACGGCUACCAAUCACCUGUGGGGAGCAGUAAUGGGAGUGCAACAGCCACCGCCGCCUACGACUGGCUUGACUUCACCAUCGGAUCAGACACUACCGGAAGUAGUCGCAGACCAGCUUUUGUCAACGGUUGCUUCCAACAUCGCUUUUCACAUACGGUCUUUUCUCUAGAAGGAAUACGACCGUGUUAUACGCCGUUCGAUGCUCCUGCUGCCUUCACGCGCGAUUUAUGUGAUCUAGACACGAUUGUCAAGGUCUCAUGCGCGAAUCUUGCGCCAACGAUGCAUCAGACGCCCACAGUAAUCAUCUAUCCAACCGACUGCCUGCCAGUAGCGAACAUGGAGCAGCAAAAAAUGAUUCAAGACUUAGUUGAGGAUCUUGCCACGACUUUCAAGGUAGCGGUCAAAAAGGUAUCCUUCAGAGAUUCUUGGAAGGCGAAUCCUCCGGUUGAAGCAGAAAAGAGGUCCAUGGAGCUUUAUUUGGAAAAGGCUGGACUUUAUACAUUUGUGCAUGACUUCUACCACCAUUCCGAAGAAUUCCGCAAUAAAUACCAGCAAAUGUAUGGUCACCGUCCAUUUGUGAAUAAAGUCACACAGUGGCGAUGGGAUCAUGGAAGUGAGAUCAGCCAAGAACAGAGAAAUGAUGCCAGGAAGCGUACUGAAGUGUACAAAUCUUGGGUGAUAGACACAAUAUUGAAUGUGAUUGAGGACACAGCGCUCGUGGUACUCCCAAUCAUGGAUGCCAAACCAAACUAUCGCGAUGUUGACCCAGGAAUGCCGUUCGCACAAGACGUUUGGGAUCCGCUGUGGCUUUCUCCAGUUCUUGGUGCCCCCGAAAUAACCGUACCAGUUGGCAAUAUCGGCUACACCUUGAAGAUAACUAAGCGUGCUGAGUCGUUACCUGUUGCAGUAUCCGUCAUGUCACCUCCAGGGACCGAUACAAUGCUGUAUGUAGAAUAUGAUACCUUAUAAUCUCUUAUCGGCAUUCACGUAAGACAAGGGCGCUACAUGCUGGAGCGUGAUGCUUAUCUUCCUGGGGAUCAACGAUCCUAUUGUGGAGGCUCUUUAAAAGCAGUGUGAGUUAGGACCGAAGAUACUUU